AACCAGAGACCGUAUUUCCCACACAUACUACUCGCACCUUUUCGCCAUUCCCAAGAUUCUUCUCGUCUCUCUCUCUUCUUGUCUCUCUCUCUGUGUGUGGGGAUCUCUGAGGAAACAAAUAUAGUUCGUUCCAAACUCUGCUGGUUGAGCUUCCACUGUAACUAGGACAUAUUGCACAGAAGUAGAGCGCCAUGUGGUGGUUGGGUCUUUCAAUUAACGUGCUUCGGAAAGCUGUCUCGCUGAAUUUGUAUUGCAGGGUUAUCUUAUAAAUUCCUACCCUUCCUUUUAACCCUACUUUUUGGUGACUCUAAUUUUCGCAAUUCCAUGGCAUCCAAUCACUUGUGCUUCAAUCCUUGCUAUAUCCAUAGGCUUAGUUGAGAGAGAUUAAAGGCCAAAACAACUUAUAACUACCCAAUCUCUUAUUUUAGGUUCUGUUCCCGUCGAUUAUCGCAUUUCUCAUAAUCUCAUUUCCAUUUGAAUUGAUAUCUCUACUUUUCCUCUAUUGUGCGAGUAUAUCUUGUCCUUUGAUCUGAGUUGUAAUAGAGGUAGAAGGAAAGAUCUUGAAUUGUAAUAGAGGUAGAAGUUAUGGUGUGCCAAGCAGCGGGCCAAACGAGAUUCCGGGCAUUAAAACAUGAGAGUGGGAUUGCAGGGAGACCUACUAUUAUAGUUAGAGUGAUAGCAUGCUUUCAACCUUUGCAAGACUGCCAGGCUGAGUAUUUCCGCGCUUUGCUUAAACCUGUCACGUAGAUUUACGUUUCCAUCAUCAAGUCGAGAAUUUUCAUUUCGAUUUUUCUUCCCUUCCUCAUUCCAGAAGGGAUUGGAUAUUACAAAUAUAACUAUAUCUAUAUUCUGGUUACUUUCUUUGGCUGGAUGGUUAAGCCAGAAGACUGUUGGCUCUUUCAGCGGCAUUCUGCUCGUCCUUUGCUCAACUUAAAUUGCACGAGCACGCCAUUACACCAAGGCCAACAAAACGGUUCUCCGUUUUCCUCUUCCACAUUUUCCCCUGAUGUGGCUUUUCCAGGAUUCAGAGUUCCUAGUUCACUUGGUCCGACCGAAACAAAUGGAGCUCAUGGGUUGAUUCAGUUUUUGCCUCCUCACUUGGAUGUCAAAGAAGGACCAUCUGCCUUGUAUUAUGGACAUGGGGUUAAGGCAACACAAAAUACUUUAUCCGAGUCCAAACAGAAAAGGUUUGUCAUUUUCGAUCAAUCUGGGAAUCAAACAAGAUUGUUUUUCAGUCCACUUUGCUCUCCUGGUCAAAAUCCGAUUGUCACACCAAGAAAAUCUGUCGGUGCUUGUGAUUUGGGUAACAAAGGAACAACGGUUAAUAUGGAGCAAAAUUUUCCAAUCAAGGCCACUAUGCAAGAAAAAUCUGUAGAGGAUGGAACAAUUGGGGGGAGAAGUGAGAUGCACGAAGACACUGAUGAAAUCAAUGCCUUACUUUACUCAGACGACUAUGAUGGCUGUGAUAGUGAAGAAGAAGAUGAAGUUACUAGCACUGAUCGUUCUCCUUUUGUGAUUAAAAGGUGUUACAAGAAGCGUGAACACGAGGAGGAAAUAACAGUAGAAUUGGCUAAUCCAGAAAGGCCAAUGAAAAAGCAGAGACUGAUUGAUGGUGGGUACACGAAAUCGUUCGCAAAACCGGGGGCUGAAUCAAGUUGUGCCAAAGGCAGGAAUCAAGGAAGGGAUUCGGAUUCCAUUUUAGGCAACAAGCAGUCAAGGAAAGAUAAGAUUCGGGACACGUUGAAAAUUCUCGAAAGCCUAAUUCCAGUUGUGAAGAGCAAAGAUCCCUUGGUGGUUAUUGAUGAAGCUAUUAGUUACUUGAAGUAUUUGAAGCUCAAGGCCAAAGCAUCAGGAGUUAGCUUGCGUCCCUUUCCGCAGUAAUACGUGGGUUGGAAAGGAGGGAAAAAAGGUUAGCAGACCCAAAAAGUUCUUAACCUGAAAUGAGGUUAUGGUUUUGAAAACCCUAAUGGUGGCUAUUGAUUAAGCUUUAUCACUAGCCCUUCUGCUCUUUUCCUCUAUACAGCUUGUUUUUUAAUGCCCCUGAAAUCCUCUGUACCAAAAUUUGUCUGUACAGGUGUUUUGUACAUUUUCAACCAUUGGAUUAUGUGAGAGACGGAAAGAUUCUCAAAUGAUCCAAUGGCCGAAAAUCCACCAGAACACUGGUACCGACAAAUUUCCAGACAGUGGUUUUCAACCCUUUAUAAUGGACCAACAAAGGCAAGGCUAAAUGGGAUGAACUUUGGACUUUUUCUCUCACGGGUGAUGGAAAUUGGGAGAUAAUUGUUGACAAGAAAUGAUUAUUCUUAAGCUUUUUAGGGGACUUUUAAAGUCAGAUUUGAAGGCAUGCUCAUGUUGGUGGUGGGAUGUGCUGUAAAUGAGGACCCUUUCUGCCAAAACUUUGAGAACCCCUAUGGAUUGAGUGCAUGCGGAUUAGGUAAUUUUGGGUCCUACCCUCCACCACUCUUUGUCUUCUUGAUUUUAUGCUUUCUUCACUUAAUAUCCACCCUCUCCAUCAUAAGAGUCUUUUGAGGGUCCCAGCCAUAAUCAAAUCUUGUCUUGAAAAGGUUGAUCUGUUUCCAUGUGAUCUUUGGUGGUUGUACAGUGGAAUUAUGGGCACAGGUGUUUCUUUCUUUUUUGAUGACUCAGUGUCUGGGCGUGUUUCUUUCUUUAUUUGGCUGUGUGUUGUGUUUUGAUAUUGGAUUGGGUAUGGAUGGACUGAAUGUAAUUUUAUGUUUUUUGUUGGAUUCGGCUGUUUGUUAGUUGUCCUUUCCUCUGUAUGCAUGUUUUGUGUCCUUAUUGGCAAGAGAAAUCUAUGUAAUAAUAUAUUGACUUUUCUUAAUGAACAGCUGUGAGUAUUUUGAUUUCAA